AUGGCCGCGCCAGUAACUCUAGACCGCAUCCCACCAACAACAACCGCCUACGUGAUCGCGACCGCCAUCCUUGCAGGCGUCACAGGCUACUUUAUCGGCCAAGGUUCCUCGUUGUUCUUCUUCAAAGAGAAGCAAGGCUGGCCUAACGGGUACGACGUCAAGGUCCACCGAGACUCUUCAGACGAGGAAGGAGAAGAAGAGGCCGAAGCCGAGUCCGACGAGGAGAGCGAGGAGGAGGGCAAUGGCGAGGAGCUGGCCGACUUUGAAGACAAUGCUGAGGAAGUGAAGCUGGUUUUGGUUGUGAGGACAGACUUGGGCAUGACCAAGGGCAAAAUCGCCGCUCAAGCUUCGCAUGCGACACUCGCUUGCUAUAAAUACUUCCUCACGCAUGCGCCCGAAAGCAAGAUGCUGCGCCAAUGGGAGCGCUGUGGACAGGCUAAGAUUGCGCUGCAGAUUAAGGGCGAGGAUGAGCUGUUGACCCUCCAGGCGCAGGCUAUGAGCCUGGGUCUUUGCGCGCGUGUUAUUCAGGAUGCGGGUCGGACACAGAUUGCCAGUGGGAGCCGGACGGUGUUGGGUGUUUUGGGACCCAAGAGCGUUGUUGAUGGUGUCACCGGGCAUUUGAAGUUGCUGUAA